UAUAGAUUGCCAUUGAGUGAAUCAUUUCCGGAAAAGAUAUGUCCACCCCCGAUCCGCCUGUGGGGGGCACCCCUAGGCCCGUGCAGUCCCCCGGGCCGGGGCCUUCUCCUGGUGCUAUGCUGGGCCCUAGCCCUGGCCCGUCUCCUGGAUCAGCGCACAGUAUGAUGGGACCAAGCCCUGGGCCUCCUAUUCCUCCCCAAGGGCCUAGUGGAUAUCCUGCAGAGAACAUGCAUCAGAUGCACAAGCCAAUGGAUUCCAUGCAUGAGAAGACCAUGCCGGAAGACCCACGUUAUAACCAGAUGAAAGGGAUGGCAAUGAGGCCAGGUGGACAUUCUGGUAUGGGACCCCCGCCAAGUCCAAUGGAUCAGCACUCUCAAGGUUAUCCUUCUCCACUGGGCAGCUCCGAGCAUGUCCCGAGUCCAGUGCCCUCGAAUGGUCCACCUCCUGGACCUCCACUGCCAUCUAGCUCAGGAGGGGUGACCAUGGAGAACCCAGACCAGCAGCAGCAGCAGCAGCAACACCGCAGUCCAACCCCUUUUAACCAGAAUCAGUUGCAUCAGUUACGAGCACAGAUAAUGGCGUACAAGAUGUUAGCCAGAGGUCAGCCAUUACCUGACCACUUACAGAUGGCUGUGCAAGGCAAGAGGCCCAUGCCAGGCAUGCAGCAACAGAUGUCGACACUACCUCCACCUGCGGCCUCUGGGACUGGCCCAGUAGCUGCCUCGGUACCUGCUCCACCUACCUACAACAGACCUCAUGGAAUGGCUGUUCCUGCCAUGCCACCCCCAGGACCUUCCGGAGCUCCUCCUGGGAUGCCAGGACACCCACCAGGGGCUCCUCCUAAACCCUGGCCUGAAGGUCCCAUGGCCAAUGCCGCAGCUCCAGCCGCUGCACCUCAGAAGUUGAUUCCUCCACAGCCAACUGGCCGGCCUUCACCUGCGCCCCCUGCCGUGCCUCCUGCCGCUUCACCCGUCAUGCCACCCCAGACACAGUCACCAGGUCAGCCAGCCCAGCCUCCUCCAAUGGUCCAGUUUCACUCCAAAGCCAACCGCAUCACCCCUAUCCAGAAACCCCGGGGCCUGGAUCCAGUGGAAGUGUUGCAGGAGAGAGAAUAUAGGCUCCAGGCACGCAUUGCACACAGGAUCCAGGAGCUGGAGAACCUUCCAGGGUCAUUAGCCGGUGACCUUAGGACCAAAGCUACUAUAGAGCUGAAAGCCCUGCGUCUUUUAAACUUUCAGAGACAGCUGCGACAAGAAGUCGUGGUCUGUAUGAGAAGGGACACUGCUCUGGAAACAGCGCUGAAUGCCAAGGCUUACAAACGCAGUAAACGGCAGUCCCUUCGUGAGGCGCGGAUCACAGAGAAACUGGAGAAGCAGCAGAAGAUCGAGCAAGAGCGCAAGAGGCGGCAGAAGCAUCAGGAAUAUCUGAACAGCAUUCUCCAACAUGCUAAGGACUUCAAGGAAUUCCACCGGUCUGUCACAGGGAAGAUCCAGAAACUGACAAAGGCUGUGGCCACGUACCAUGCCAACACCGAAAGAGAGCAGAAGAAGGAGAACGAGAGGAUUGAGAAGGAGAGAAUGCGGAGGCUGAUGGCGGAGGAUGAAGAGGGCUACAGGAAGCUGAUUGAUCAGAAGAAGGACAAACGUUUGGCCUACCUCCUGCAACAAACGGACGAGUAUGUGGCCAACCUAACAGAGCUGGUGAUGCAGCACAAAGCUGCCCAGGUACUGAAGGAGAAGAAGAGAAGGAAAAAGAAAAAGCUUCAAGAGAGUGGAGAAGGCCAACAGCUAGCAAUUGGACCAGAUGGCGAGCCUUUGGAUGAGACUAGCCAGAUGAGCGACCUUCCAGUCAAGGUGAUCCAUGUGGAGAGUGGAAAGAUCUUGACUGGUGUAGAUGCUCCAAAGGCUGGGCAGCUGGAUGCCUGGCUGGAAAUGAAUCCUGGUUACGAAGUUGCUCCAAGAUCAGACAGCGAGGAGAGUGGGUCCGAGGAGGAAGAGGAAGAGGAGGAGGAUCAGUCUUCAGCCUCUAUCACCACCCAGCCAGCGUUGGAAGAAAAGAAAAUCACUGAUCCAGACAGUGAUGAUGUUUCGGAGGUCUUCGCCAGGGUCAUUAUUGAGCAUGCCCGUCAGGAUGUGGAUGACGAGUACAGCAUAUCUCAUGCUGCCCCCACAGGCUCCCAGUCGUACUAUGCCGUGGCACAUGCUGUUAGUGAGAGAAUAGACAAGCAGUCCAGUCUGUUGGUGAAUGGGUUCCUCAAACAGUACCAGGUCAAAGGCCUGGAGUGGCUCGUGUCGCUGUAUAACAACAACCUGAACGGGAUCCUGGCUGAUGAGAUGGGUCUCGGGAAAACUAUACAGACCAUUGCUCUGAUCACAUACCUCAUGGAACACAAGCGCAUCAAUGGGCCGUUCCUCAUCAUAGUGCCACUCUCGACACUCUCCAACUGGGUUUAUGAGUUUGACAAGUGGGGACCAUCUGUGGUGAAAGUAUCAUACAAGGGAUCCCCUGCUGCUCGUCGUGCGUUCGUCCCUAUACUCCGCAGUGGAAAAUUCAAUGUUCUGCUUACUACAUAUGAAUAUAUCAUUAAGGACAAGCACAUCCUGGCCAAAAUCCGUUGGAAGUAUAUGAUUGUAGAUGAAGGUCACCGUAUGAAGAACCAUCACUGCAAGCUAACUCAAGUCCUUAAUACUCACUAUGUGGCUCCUCGUCGUCUGCUUCUCACUGGUACCCCACUACAGAACAAGUUGCCCGAGCUGUGGGCUCUUCUGAACUUCCUGCUGCCAACUAUCUUCAAGAGCUGCAGCACGUUUGAGCAGUGGUUCAACGCUCCGUUUGCAAUGACCGGAGAAAAGGUGGAUUUAAAUGAAGAAGAAACGAUCCUAAUUAUUCGUCGUCUUCACAAAGUCCUCCGUCCCUUCUUGCUUCGAAGGCUUAAGAAAGAAGUGGAAGCUCAGCUGCCAGAAAAGGUUGAGUAUGUCAUUAAAUGCGACAUGUCUGCAUUACAAAGGGUUCUGUACAGACAUAUGCAGGCCAAGGGGGUUCUCCUUACAGAUGGCUCAGAGAAAGAUAAGAAGGGGAAAGGUGGUACGAAGACCCUGAUGAACACUAUCAUGCAGCUUAGGAAGAUCUGCAACCACCCUUACAUGUUCCAGCAUAUAGAGGAAUCCUUUUCCGAACACUUAGGCUUCACAGGAGGCAUUGUGCAGGGGCAGGACCUCUACCGUUCUUCUGGAAAGUUCGAGCUCCUUGACCGCAUCCUUCCCAAAUUGCGAGCCACCAACCACAAAGUUCUGCUCUUCUGUCAGAUGACCACCCUCAUGACCAUCAUGGAAGAUUAUUUUGCUUAUCGCGGAUUUAAAUACCUCAGAUUAGAUGGAACUACUAAAGCAGAAGACCGUGGUAUGUUAUUGAAGACCUUCAAUGAACCUACAUCAGAAUACUUCAUCUUCCUGCUCAGUACUCGUGCUGGGGGCUUAGGCCUCAAUUUGCAGUCUGCCGACACAGUCGUCAUCUUUGACAGUGACUGGAACCCACAUCAGGAUUUGCAGGCCCAAGAUCGAGCUCACCGCAUUGGACAGCAGAAUGAAGUGCGUGUUCUGCGUCUGUGCACAGUGAACAGUGUGGAAGAGAAGAUCCUGGCAGCAGCCAAGUACAAGCUGAAUGUGGAUCAGAAGGUCAUUCAGGCUGGAAUGUUUGAUCAGAAAUCCUCCAGCCAUGAGAGGAAGGCUUUCCUGCAGGCCAUUCUGGAGCAUGAGGAGCAGGAUGAGGUCAGGGACACCCCAUUCCUUCAUACUGCCUUUCUUUCUCCCUUUGCCCCUGAGGAAGAUGAGGUACCUGAUGAUGAGACUGUGAAUCAGAUGAUUGCAAGACAUGAGGAGGAGUUUGAUUUGUUCAUGCGAAUGGAUUUGGACAGGCGGCGAGAGGAAGCCCGUAACCCCAAGCGCAAACCUCGUCUGAUGGAGGAGGAUGAGCUGCCAUCUUGGAUCCUUAAAGAUGAUGCCGAGGUGGAGCGCCUUACCUGUGAAGAGGAGGAAGAGAAGAUGUUUGGUCGGGGUUCCCGUAAUAGGAAGGAGGUGGAUUACAGUGACUCUCUCACAGAGAAACAAUGGCUGAAGGCCAUUGAAGAGGGUACAUUGGAUGAAAUUGAGGAGGAGGUACGUCACAAGAAGACCACCCGCAAGCGGAAGCGAGAUAUAGAUCCCGGAAUGUCAACACCCACCACCAGCACGCGGAACAGAGAGAGAGAUGACGAGGGCAAGAAGAAGAAGAGAGGAAGACCGCCAGCUGAGAAGCUUUCCCCCAACCCUCCAAACCUCACCAAGAAGAUGAAGAAGACUGUGGAUGCAGUCAUCAAGUACAAGGACAGCUCCACAGGACGUCAGCUGAGCGAGGUCUUCAUUCAACUUCCUUCCCGCAAAGAACUGCCUGAGUAUUAUGAACUGAUUCGCAAACCUGUGGACUUCAGAAAGAUCAAGGAAAGGAUCAGGAAUCACAAGUACCGAAGUCUAAAUGACCUGGAAAAAGACGUCAUGCUGCUGUGCCAGAACGCUCAGACCUUCAACCUUGAAGGGUCUUUGAUAUAUGAAGACUCCAUUGUGCUUCAGUCGGUCUUCACCAGUGUGAGGCAGAAGAUCGAGAAGGAGGAGGAUAGUGAAGGAGAUGAAAGUGAAGAAGAGGAGGAAGGAGAGGAGGAAGGCUCCGAAUCUGAGUCUCGGUCUGUUAAAGUGAAGAUUAAGCUGGGUCGUAAGGAGAAAAUGCAGGAACGUAUGAAGGGGCGCAGGCGCACCAGCAGGGGUUGCAGGGCCAAGCCUGUGGUCAGCGAUGAUGACACUGAGGAGGAGCUGGAGGAGGAACGCUCAGGAAGCGGCACUGAAGACGACUGACGCCCACCUGCCAGAACAUUCCUAUGACCGCGCCGACUCAUUCCACUGCGUGCCACCGGAACGCCUAUUCCACCCCCCUCCUUCCCUCCCAGCAUACGCCCUUCUCUUUCUGUAGGACGCUAACGGGUAGCCAGAAAUGUAGUUGACUGUACAAAAUGAAAUUCUUCCAUAUUUAUAUAACUGAGGAGUUCUAGGGACGUACCGCCUGUAGCAUCUUUGGAAAAACAAACAAACAAACAUUAACUAUCUGGCCGAACCACUAGGCCUCUCAGGAUAGGUUCAAAGAAUUAUGACUUUUGAUUAUAUAUAAAUAUAUUUUUUCUUUUCUUUUUAUGGCUGUACUGUUUGAGUUACAGUAUGGAGAUCACUGUAGUGUCAGCCGUGGAUGCAUGCAGGUAGCAAUCCACUCAUUAGUACUGUAUUUUACAAAAGACAGGUCAAACAUAAGCCACGCCCCCUCUCGCUGCACAGGGAGGGGGCGGGCCGUGGUAGUUGUAUGUAUGUGUGUCAGUGUCACUGGAUUUCAAACAGUUAUAAAUUAAAACAAGAUGAAAUACCUCGA